CGUCCUGCUUCUGCUUCUUCCCAAUCUGAACCGCGCCGCCGCCGUCGCUCCCCUAGAGAGUGAGAGUGAGAGAGAGAAGGAGAAGGGGCUAUGGCCGGCGAACGCCGCGUCCGUCGCAUGAUUGUCGAUGGUCUCGACCACAUGGAUCGAAGACCCGAAGGCAUCCAACACAACAAGUCCGUUGCGCUGGAUCACAUCCACGAUUACUACAAGAAGGCGCUCGAUCGACUCCCGCCGGAGCUGAUCCCGAGCCUCCUCGAGGCCGGCUUCUGCUUCGGCUUCCUCGACCCUGUGUCCAACAUCAUCUCCAGCACCGUCUCCCACGAGCUUGGCAAAGGGAAGAAGGGGAAGAGACCACGACGGGCCACCAGCAGCACCAAGAAGAGCACUAUCGAAGCUGAGAACCGACGGACCAGGUACAAGACCAUCUCCCAGAUCAUAGAGUCGAGCAAAGACUUCUCCAUGGCACCCAAUCGAUCCAAGUCGGAGGGCGCUGGCAUCGCGGUACGGUCAUUACGCGGUCUCGCCACAUUCCUCACCUCCUACUUCCGCUACCUCACAAUCCAGGACGCGCUGCGCUAUUUGCGUCUGUCAAAGGCAGACCUUCUAGUUGCCGUGCAUCUCAUCCAGGAGGAUUAUUGUUCCACAUACACCUUCACCAUCCACGACAUGACGGCCAAAAUCGCUCUCGGCUGUGCUGCCACCUCCGCAAUGCAUCCCGGGGUCCCUGCAUUUGUGUGUACAUCGCUUUUGCUGGCUUCCCAUGUGGACGAGGUCUCCAACCUUCUGCCGACGAAGGGCUGCAUCGGCCAUUCCACUAUAAAGAGACUCUCUGAGCUAUUCACCUUAACCAAUGAUAUGAUAGAUGACGAUCCACGGAGGCCUAUGCAGCAUGCCAUCUCAAGGAUGCAACGAUGCAGGAAAAAGAAGACUACAGUCGUACCAGCUGGGCUGGACUAUUCUCUCAAGCUAUUGCUCCUGGAUAAAAUCCAUGUGCUGUACCUCAAGGCGAUUUCCCGCAUUCCAAGGCAUGAAUUGUGUUCGCGCCACCACCGUGGCCUCCUCAAGGCUGGCCACUGCUACGGGCCUUUUGAUCCCGUCACCAACAUAAUCCUCAGCACCAUUUGGUAUGACACCGUGUUUCCUGCUGAGCGAGAGUUCGAGGUCCAAAUGAUCUCCACAAAGAAGCUUGCGCGUAUCGAGUGCCUCUCCCUCGAAGGUCUUGUUGCCUAUGUCUGUGCCCUCUUUCCUGCCCUUUCUACAUAUCAAGCUAUGAGGUACCUGCUUAUCAACAAUGUCCAACUUGAUAUGGUCAUUAUGAGGGCAAAAGAAGAUGGUCAUGAUCAGCGAUUCCCCUUUUCUCAGUCUGAGGCCUUUGAUGACGCCUCUCUUGCAGCAUGUCAUCCCAGCCCCACCAAGUUAGUAGAAUUUGCAACAACAGUAAUGCCAGUGAUGGGAGAAACCCUGCGUUCAACGCUUAAGGUUAACCGGAUGCUCUCCUCCAGUGAUGUUUGUGCCAUAUCUGAAACUUUAUCACAAAAGUUUCCGCCUAGUAAAUCUCCGAAGCUGGUUCCAGAUUUGAACAUGCACGCCUCCAAUAUUAUCGCAGGCAAACGUAUGAAAUUUAAGGCUUUCCAGAGUGCAAUUGUCAAAAGGGUUAAAGCUGCAUUGCUCAGAUAUGCACAACGAGUGGGACAGGAAUAUGAACUUCAUGUUAUCUGUGAUGUAAACGCUGAAAUACCUGAGCAUGGUAUAUGCUACAUCCCGGGCGACUACAAAUACCCAUUUUCUCACGUGAACAUCUUGGCAAAACGAAAAGGUUCACAGAUUGCUGAUGCUGAUGCAGUUCCCACACUCUUCUUCAUUGAGUGUAGCAACAUUGAUGAAGACAUGGCAUCUUUGUGCUGCCCUAUAUUAGAGCCAUCAAAAGAUGCUGGCCGCUGCUUUCACUGUGAGUGCGAAGGGAUCAAGAUUAUCCAUCCACCUUCAGAAACAUACCAUGGGCGCUGCACGGAAUUCGAGGAUAUGGCUAGUGGAAAAAAUCCAGUGUCCAACGAAGAACUUAUUAGUCAAGGGAAGUACGGGACUCUGUUUAUAGAUACAAUGGAAGAUGACUGUGUCUAUUUUGAUUCUGCAUGGGAUGGUGACUUCGCUGUAUCCAUUAACGAGAUGGAGCGAGAUAGGGAUGAAGAGGAAGUUUUCUCUUGGUUAGAAAAGAAGACGCAAGAGUUAAAGGCUUACAAUAAGGGUCUCUUUGUUAAUAGUUAACUGUUUCUUGUGCUGUUUGCCUUUUAUUAUGUGUGAAGGUUUUUUUUCCAAUAAUAUUAUGUAUGGAUCUUGAAGUUUGUUGGACCAUAUACGCCUGAUGGUUCUUUUUCCUGGUCACUACUAGUUUACAGGACACUUAUGUUGGAUGCUUGUAGAUCUUGUAAUUAUAUUUAUUUAUCUGGUUCUGUUA